CGCUGCCUACUUCCGGUGUGUACAUUGCUACCGUCGUCGAACGGCGUCAUUCAAUUUUUUUUCGGCGUACACUCUGUUUUCCGACCGCACGCGUCUCAACUUCGACCUGGACACCGACGGGCUCGUCGUUCCCGUGAGAUUCGACGCGAUCGGUCCCGCUUGAUUCAUCGCUGCCGAUUUUUUAUCGGAGCGCUCGUGAUUCGUCAUCGGACCGGAAGUGCCGGUCAUCGUCGCCGUCACGUUAGUGUCAACGUGCGCGUUCUGUAACGUCAGACGGGAAAAUGGCGACCGCCGUGCCGUCGCGAUUCGCUGUGCUCAGUAUCGAGGACGACGAUUACAAGCCGAAGAAGACACAGAAGAGCGCGACUGCAAGUAAAACUAGCACGAAGAGCAAAGGUGACAAGCCAAAGCAACAGCAACAGCCGCCGCCGCAGCAACAGCAACAACAGGCAAACAAAAAGAAGCAGAACAAGGGAAAGAAGAAGAAAACGAAUAGUGAUGAUCAACAGUGGGAGCAGUGGAAACAGAAAGAUACUAUGGCCAUCGAGGAAACGUUUGAGCAAGAAUUACAUCAAGCCAUUUUGCUGUCAAAGCUAGCUUAUGAAGAGGAACUAGUCAGUGCGGCAAAAAUGGAGAAAGAACAGGAUCAGAAUAAGAAGUCUGGUAAAAAGACCAAGAAGGCAACUAUGUCUCUAGAAGAAUUUAAUAGUAUCUUGUCGAAACAUAAAGCACCUUCUAGCACAGGAACAAAUGCAACACCAGUAGUAGUAUUAACAACAGAUUCUGUAGACAAUAAGUCAAAAGAAGUAGAUGCAGAAUUUUUCAAUAGGGUAGAAAAGGAAACGAAAGAAGAAAUAACAAAGGGGAAAGAGAAGGACAUAUUUAAGGCCAGAUUAAAUAAAAUUGAUGAUGACAUAACAUCUGUACAAUUAAGAGUGGAAAUCGAGAAACGAGAUGAAAUAAUCAGUCAACUGAGGACAGAGGUGCAUACACUAAAAGAAGAAUUAACACAGGUCAAAGAGAGAAAUAAAAAGCUUUAUCAAAUAUUAUCACACGGCGAGAUGAAGGAUAAAGCAUCAGUAUUGGCUGAAGUUGCAAAACUGCAAGAAAUCCGUGAUGAACUAACGUCUGAGGUAGCCUCGUUGCAUGCUCAGUUAGAACAAGAAAGAUCUAAAACGCGGACAUCUAGUGCAGAUGUGAAGACAUCUAAACAAACUAACAAGAAGAGGCCGGCCAGUGAAAAUGCCUAAUUCGCUUAUUCGCGAAGGACUGUACUAUUGUGAUCUACUAAUCUUAACAGAGAGAGAGAUAAUAACACCGAUGAAAUAGCAGUCUGAGAAAAACGAAUAUCUCGAUUGCAAAACGAAAUUUCGAUCUCUUAUAACAUAUUUUGUACUUGCUUGUUAAGUAUAGGCUUAAGAUAAAGAAAUAUUGGUCGCGAUACCAGUUUUUUUUAACGGUUACAUACGUCAGAAUAUGCAACCUCCCCUUCCUUUUUUUUUAUUUUCUAAAUGCAGUUUCGAAAAAAA